AACCACAGGCCCAGCCCAAUUAUUAAAUGCCGUUCUCUCCGAGUUUGUGAGAAUACGAAAGAGCAAGCACAAGCAGCAAGAGUAGCACCACCAAGCCACACAGCAAUGGUGGCCAUGGCCAGCACUGCCAAUAGAAAAAUCGAAACAUACGAAGAGUUCGCGAAAGUUCACGCGCUGCUACUUGCGGCGUCGGGAUUGCCGGAGUGCCUCCACCGGCGCCUGUUCGAGAAGCUCUCCGGCGAGUUAUUUGACGGCGGCAACCACUUCCAGAUCGAGCCAUGCGAGGGCGGCCGUCAACGGCGCCUUGUUCUCACAUCGGUGUCGAUGGAAACGGAUUCCGAAGUCUUCCUCGUUGAUCACGCAUGGACUUUCAGACUCUCCGACGCAUACAAGCAGCUGCGUGAGGUUCCAGGAUUGUCUGAGAGGAUGGGUUCUCUGAUGUGUGUGGAUGUUGAUGUGAGUUCAGAUGAUGGUGAAGAUGAAGGGAACGGUGAGCUUGGUGUUGAGGAAACUUUGGAGAGGGAAGUUGGUGAGGCAAAGGAGAAAGGAAAUGGGACGUUACGGUGGCUGGAGCUUGAAGGGCUUAACAUUGAUGAUGCUAUGCUUGUGUCUCUAGCCUUGCCAACUAGGUUUCCGGAUUUAGUGGCACUUAGCCUGCUUGGAAACAAGCUCAAUAGUGCCGAAGUGGUUGUUCAGGAAGUUAUCAAACUUAAGCAUCUCAAAGGAAUAUGGCUCAACAAUAACCUAGGUCUUAAAAAUUGUGAUGGUAAGCUUGCAGGUUUGAUUCUUAAGGAGUUGCCUGAACUUGAAAUUUAUAAUUCAAGUUUCACAAGCAAUUUUGGGGAGUGGGCGUUGGGCUUUUGUGCAGGGAUAUACGGAAAGGAUAACCCUGUAAAUGCUGAUCACACUUCACUGCACACUGUGUCUUCUCUUGACCUUUCAAAUAGGAACAUUCACAAUUUAAAGAAUAAGGCAUUUACACCCAUUUGUUUGCCAUCUCUUACGUACUUGAACAUUCAAGGAAAUCCAUUGGAGCAGAACUCAGUUGGUGACUUGUUAGAUCUGCUGCAGAGAUUCCCUUGCCUGCGUUCAUUGGAGGUUGAUAUUCCAGGUCCACUGGGACGAAGGGCCAUUGAUAUUCUGGAAUCUCUUCCAAACAUUUCUGAGCUAAAUGGUAUCGAUGCAUCCAAAAUAUUGGAAACAGGAAAGCAUGUUAUUGAUUCAAUGCUUCUUCCUCGUCUUCCUGAAUGGACUCCUGAUGAGCCGCUUGCUGAUCGUAUUAUAAAUGCAAUGUGGCAACAUCUAAUGACAUAUAGACUUGCAGAUGAAGAAAAGUUAGACGAAACACCAGUAUGGUAUGUGAUGGAUGAGCUAGGUUCAGCUUUGCGGCAUAGUGAUGAGCCAAAUUUCAGAGUGGCACCAUUUUUGUUCAUGCCAGAGGGCAAUCUAGCAUCAGCUGUGAGCUUUUCUAUUCUAUGGCCAACACAGAAUGUUCGGAAAGGUGAUGAGUGCACACGCGAUUAUCUUCUUGGUAUUGGGGAAGAUAAGCAACGUUCUGCCAGGCUUACUGCCUGGUUCCACACUCCAGAAAACUACUUUAUCCGUGCAUAUGAGAAGCACCGUCAAAAAUUGUUGUCCACAAGUUUAAUGCCUCCCACCUUUCAGUAUUCUGGGACUCAAAGUAUUCAUCGACAUGGUGGACGUCCAUUGCUUGUUUACACAGAUAUACCUCACGUAGAGGAAUACUUGACACAUCCCGAGUUUGCAAUCACAAAUGAACCAAAAGAUGCAGAUAUAAUAUGGACAAGUGUGCAGGUAGAUGAGGACAUGAAGAAAGCUACUGGAAUAACGGAUCAGCAAUACAUUAAUCAAUAUCCUUUUGAAGCAUGUCUUGUUAUGAAGCAUCAUUUGGCAGAGACAAUUCAAAAGGCACAUGGAUCUCCCCAAUGGUUGCAGCCUACUUAUAAUCUCGAAACACACCUAUCUCAACUUAUUGGUGACUAUUGUAUUCGCAAAAGGGAAGGACUAGACAAUCUUUGGAUCUUAAAACCCUGGAACAUGGCCCGCACCAUUGAUACUACUGUAACUGAUAAUUUGCCUGCAAUAAUCCGGCUCAUGGAAACUGGUCCCAAAAUUUGCCAGAAGUAUAUUGAACAGCCCGCAUUGUUCCAGGGGAAAAAGUUUGAUCUCCGUUACAUAGUACUGGUUCGGAGCAUGCAUCCUCUGGAGAUAUUCCUGUCAGAUUGUUUCUGGGUUAGGAUUGCCAACAACCAAUAUUCUUUGGCCAGAAGUAGUUUGUUUGAGUAUGAAACUCAUUUCACUGUUAUGAACUAUCGUGGAACCAUAAAUCAUAAGAAUGCCAGCGAAUUUGUGAGGGAAUUUGAGGAAGAACAUCAAGUUAAAUGGUUGGAUAUACACACAAGAGUAAGGAAAAUGAUUCGUUCAGUAUUUGAGGGAGCUGCUGUUGCCCAUCCUGAGAUGCACAGUCCAACAUCAAGGGCAAUGUAUGGUGUAGAUGUCAUGUUGGACAGCUCUUUCCAACCCAAGUUACUAGAGGUAACUUACUGCCCGGAUUGUACAAGAGCUUGCAAAUAUGACAUGGAUAUUGUAAUUGGAGAGGGAGGCGUUGCUAAAAGUUGUGAUUUCUUCAAUAAUGUGUUCAGGUGUCUUUUUUUGAAUGAAACUUCACAAGUGAGUCAAUUGUAAUUCAGUAUUUUU